CUCUUUCACCCAAGAGAUCACGUGGAUCUCCACAUAUGGCACAAUUUGCACUCGGCUCAGCAGGCCACUUUGAUCUUCGCCAACGGACCUGGCGGCACCGGUCAGUCAGUGGUGACGGAAUGUCGUCGGAUGACGAGCACUACCAGCUGCUGCAGACGGCCAAAUUUUCGAUUAGGUCACCGCGGGCUCGCGUUGCGAAACGCGUCCAGCAGGAGCUCGUUCGGGCCGGUGAAAGGCGUCAGCGGCGCGCCCCGGCUGGGAAGAUGCCGGUCAUGCGGCCACGACGACCCGCGCAGGAAGCCCACAAGUACCUCCCGCAGUGCGACCAAGUUAUGCAGAACGCGGUGGACUUGUACAUUGCCAGCCAACUUCAGCGCAGUGCCGUGAUGGAUCAGCGCCAGUACGACGAGGUGGUUCGAGGGUUGACGGUGGCAUUUUUCCAGCAGCCACCGUCCGUUCAGACGCAAUACUUGAAGGCUUCAGUUUUGCCCCCACCGCGCACCUCGCCACCAUGCUCGGAUCCUUUCCUAUUGUUCCUGGAACUGCACCGGAAGCAGACACAAUUCGAUCGCCAUCUCAGAGACUCCGGAAGUAACAUAGACAUCGGCACCGCCGCCAUCAGCGCGGAACGUGCGGAAACCGGGGAAGGACCGGACGAAACGCGACUUCACCUUCUAUCCUGGAAGACCUUCGUGGCGGAUGCUCGAACUCUCUGGCGGCAGAUGCGUCCCGACCUGAAGCUUCCGUUUUACGUUCAGGCCUAUGUGGGAACGCAUUUUCCGGAAAGUAUGGACGCUGCGAUUUGAAUGCGUGGUUGAUUCGAACAGCCCGACGAAUUCCGAUGUUCAUUAGACACAAUCAGCGACUGCUGCUCGACGUGGAAUGUUAUGUAAAUCAUCGAUCCAAUGGCAUACAUUUGGCGUGUGAAUAGAGUUGAAUCAAUGUUAUCUGUAGUUUUCAGUUGGAAAUAAAUUUAUGAAUGAAUAAAGGUAUCAA